CUUCCGCGCACGUCACUCUCGAUCGAGCAGGGCGCAUGCGCAGCCGCUCUUCCCGCGCUUUUUGACAUUUUAAAUUUCGAAAAUUGUGUUUGGGUUUUUAAUUAGUGCGCCUUUCCGUUUGCAAGUGGUCAGUCACAUAUUGUAACCCUCACACACAAAAGACGUGAUGAAAAUGCGGCAAACUUUCUUAGUGCUAUUGUUAGCGGUGGCUCUGGGCAGCGCGCGGUGGGUGCGCCGCGGUCGCGCCUAUCAGCCCAGGGUCACGAGUUUCGUCGGGGAGGCCACCAAUGAACUAUCUACUGCCAUAUUCCAGGGCUACAUCGACGAUAAUAGAAAUAUUGCAUUCUCACCUCUCGGCUACUCAGCUAUUUUAGCAAUACUUGCUGAGGGGGCCCGUGGUGAGACACGAGAACAGCUCGUCACAGCUCUGCACUUGCCUAAAGACCCCAAUCUCACACGCAAAACGUUCCGUUUCAUUAUGGAAAAACUAAAGAACACACACGAAUACAAAUAUAACCAACCAGAAUUAAAGAACUAUUUCUAUAUUUACAAAAACUAUACAAUCAAUGAUGACUACAAGAAAAUUCUAGAAGAUUACUAUUUGACUGAAGUGAGGUCUGUAGAGAAGUACAGUCCUGAGCAGCACAUUAAGAUUGAUGAUGAUGAUGAUGAUGACACUAGUGAGAAGACAGAAUUUAAUGCCGACGUGCCAGAAAAGAAGACGCAUAAUAAAAAUGAGGAGAUACUUGAGUUGAUGCCGCCAAAAGAAACCGAUGAGAAGUUGAUCUCUUUUGCUGUAGAAGAUAAACCAGAAAAAGUAGAUAUUUCCUCCAGCGACUACAAACCUGCAAAGAACAUAAAGGAGAAGAUAAAGCUAGUAAAAACUUACCCAAAAAAAGACGAUUCUGGUGAAGAAGAGGAGACAAUGGUUGCUGUUGAAGCAAGAAACCACGCAAGGAGUCUAAAGGUGUUGAAGGACAAGAACGACAUUUCAUCCAGUAUCUCUGUGAACAGCGUUGGCAAGAAAUCUAAUAACAAGGCAUCUGCCUCCAAUUCUCUAAUGAUAAUCUUCAAUGGUAUGUAUUUCCGUGGGUCCUGGAAGCAGCCUUUCGACGUGGUCGAACCUGGAACGUUCUACAAAUCUAACACAGAGAAGAAGCAGGUGCCAAUGAUGAAGACUAAGGGCGUUUUCAAGACCGGAUCUUUGCCUGGAUUGGACAGCACUGCUAUUGAAUUGCCUUAUGACGGUGGACGAUAUGCACUUCUAUUGGUAGUGCCUGGAUCCCGUGACGGUCUCACCCGUCUCACUGCAGAUUUGUCAGUGGCUCCGCUUUCCGAAAUCCAAGACAACUUGCAAGAAGAAGAACUAUUUAUUUCCUUGCCUACUUUCUACGUCGAAACUACCACAAAGCCAGUUGCUGCUUUGGCUAAGUUUGGCGUGAGUAACAUCUUUGGCCGCGAGGCAGAGUUGUCGGGGGUCUCUACGGUCGAAGGUCUGUUCGUGCAGGAGUUGGUACAGCACGUUGCCGUGCGCGUUGACAACGCUGACUCCUCCGCUUCACAAUUAAGUGCUGCCGAUCCAGUGAAAGAAAAAGAAGAGCUCAAGAAUCUACCGUUGUCCAGUGUCGAGGUUCCUCGUAAGUUCUGUGUGGAACAUCCCUUCCUGUUCUUCAUUGUUGAUCGAUUGGACAAUUUGGUCGUCGUCGCCGGGAAAGUUGUUGACCCACAGCAACCCACCCCAUUUGAAAUUUUUAAACAAGAUGAGAUAAAACUUUACAAGUUUAAUAAAAGAUUCCAGACUCGUGAGGGCAACGCCGAGACUUUCAAAGUUAUACUAGUUUUGAGUAGCGUAGCGAGAAGGGCUGAACUGCAAACGACAACACCGUUAAGAAACAAUCGAGAUCACAUAUACUUCGCAGAAAAUAACUGGAGAAAUCCAACAAACGACCGAGUAACGACGGAAAAAUCAGACGUCGAUGUUCAAAAGAGUGUUGAGUUUAAAAGUCAAGUAGAUCAAAACUUUCUCCACACUAUACCUACCCCUGGAAAUCCUACAACUGUAAAACAAAACAUUAAUAAUGUUAGAUCAGAUUUACAACACGUUUACCUACAAUAUCAGCCAGCUUUGUUUUUAAAUGACCCAUUUUAUAAUAUUGACCGAUACAAUGAUGACACAUUUAAACCCAUAGGACCUAUGAUGUUGCAUAAUCAAGCCCCAACGCAGAACAAACUACCUCAAGCGCAAUCACAACUUCAGUCGCAAAAAGGACAAUCACAAGUUUUCAACCAGCAGGUCCAACCGAUCAGGCCGUCCAACAGUCAGAUUCCGGUCAAGCAGCAGAAUUCUCAGAGCAUGGAACAAAUUAGUCCGAUUUCUGGGCAAAAUCUUCAAAUUCCUUUACAGUUUCAAACUACACCAUCCCCUGAAGGUAAUGCUCCAGUGUCCAGAGCGGUUGCUAAUUUUGGAUUGAAUGUUCUUAGGAGUAUUCCUUCGUCAUCGAACGUGGUAGUCUCGCCUUUCUCAAUUGUCACACUAUUGGCGUUGCUGCAACAAGGAGCUUUGGGUGAAACACAACAGCAAAUCACGACAGCUUUACAGAUGACUCCGGACUAUUCUGCAGGAGCGUUUAAAACAUUUCUUGAUGACAUUCAGAAACGUACGUCACGGAAUCUUCUGAAAGUGGCUAACAGUAUUUUUAUAUCUGAUGCUUUUGACCUGAACAAGAUGUUUAAAACCAAAGCUCUGCAACAAUUUGGAAGUGAAGUUACGUCGACGCAAUUCUACAGAUCGGAUGCUGUAGACAAGAUCAACUAUUGGGUUUCUACAAAAACCAACAAUAAGAUUGAAAGGAUUUUGGCACAAGGGACAGUAGGUGAAUACACUCAAGUGGUGUUGGUCAACGCAGUCUACUUCAAAGGUUUAUGGGCGGUGAAAUUCAGGUCAGAAGCCACGUUACCUCGUGAAUUCCGAUACAGCGAUGGUUCUGUAAGGCCAGUGCCGUUUAUGCAUACGAAACGAGCAUUGAAGACUGGUUAUGAUACUGAACUUGGCACUCAAGUUCUUAUUUUGCCUUUUGAGAAAGAACAAUAUUCAUUAAUGAUUAUUUUACCAUCAACUAUGAGCACUUUGGACGACUUGAUCUCAAAAUUGACGGACGAAAGACUGAUACAAUAUAAUACGUUCAGUCCAAGGGAUGUCGAUGUUCGACUACCGAAAUUCACGGCAAGAGCAGAUAUAGACCUUGAUCCAGUUUUCAGAAAGAUGGGUAUAACAAAUAUCUUCAGUUAUCAAUCUCAAUUGUCUGGUGUCGGACUGUACAGGACGAAUUCUCCUCAAGUGUCAACAGCUGUCCAUUCCGCCAUGUUGUCUAUUGACGAAGAAGGUGGUAUCGCAGCGGCGGCCACUGUUAUCUCCGCGGUCGCACUUUCUUAUGACCAUGAAUCUGUUUUAAGCUUCAAUGCAAACCGACCUUUCUUAGCAGUGCUGUGGGACAAUAAAACCACAUUGCCUCUGUUUAUGGCAAAAGUUGAGAAUCCCACUGCGUAAUAUAAUUUUAGUUUCAUUUCAUUUCCACGUUUCUACACGAAUCUCAUUGACAAAAAGAUAACUUAACAAUGGUUUAUUAAUACUCAUACUCAUAUAAAUAAGGAAUGUACGGAUAUCUUCAACCUAGUCUAAAUGUCUUAUUUUUAGUCUUAAGUGUCACUGGAAUAAAGGAAUAUAAAAUCAUGUCAUCUUAAAUAUCUUGAAGAAGUUAAUGAAUGGAUCAUCAGCAAAGGUGCGAAUUUUACCGCUGUAGUAAGAUUCAUUUUCUUAUAAAUUCAGUUUGUACCUAUGUAACCAAAGACGGCGUAUACUGCGAACGCCCCCCAUAGUUGGGUUUCCGACUGAAGGUUUAUGAAUGUCUUCGAACCGAUGAACAUGAUGACAUAGUAGCCAGCAGCGAUAAAUCCUUGUGCAAACGCACGGCUCCUAAAAAAAAAAUAUUUGCUCAUAUGAAAUACUGCUAUCCUUUUGACUUACUAAAAAUAUAUUAAAUAUAAUAUUUGAUCUUACCGUAAUGGGAAUACUUCACCAAGAAGUACCCAUGGUAUCCCGAACCCUGUAUAAAUAUCGCCAUGGCAUAAAACAGGACUACCGUGUUUUACCUCGUGUGUUUGGGGAAUGUGGUAGUGUCAUAAGAGUUUAUGGGGCCUUUUAAAUUGUUGUUUCCGUAAAUGCUGAGCCCCAUGGUACAGACGGUUACUCCAAGCAUAGCAGAGAUUGCCAGUUUUCUCUUGCCAAAAAUUAAAUGAAAAGAAAUAAAAGUUUUUGUUCAACGUUAAGCACCGUUGAGUGACAUUAGUAACGCAAACAUUACUACAUUAAUCACCUUUCCAAAAUUUUUUUUUUCGCGAGCUGUUGUCAUAUUUCGAAUUAUGAGCGUUUGAUUGUUUGUCGUAAACUUAAUAAACAAAUUGAAGUAGCUUAUUGACAGAGAGUACAGACCAGAAUGUUUAUUGCCGUCGUCGGGCAUUCCGAAAGCACCAUAGGCGUUAACCGUGUUAGGCCUAACUGGGCCAAGUCCGUUCAUUACGUAGAACGUGAAAUACAUCAUCACGAGUGUUCACGGUCUGAGAGUUUCUUUGCUUAACAUGAUAUAUCU